GUAUUUGCGUGACGUCACAUUCCAAAACAAACUGGGAAGGAGAACACGUGUUUGAUCAGUUCAUCAGGCCUUCAAAAUGGUUUUUGUCAAAGUCAUCAGGAACAAAUCCUACUACAAGAGGUUCCAAGUCAGGUUUCGAAGGCGGAGACUAGGCUCGGAAGAGCAAGGGGCAAGCAAGAAUUUACUGGCACAGGAAAAGAAUAAAUACCAAACACCGAAGCAUAGGCUGAUUGUUCGAUUCACCAACAAGGAUAUAUGUGCACAAAUAGCAUUAUCCCGAAUAGAGAGUGAUGUCAUCGUAACUGCAGCCUAUUCUCAUGAACUUCCGCGUUAUGGGGUCAGUGUGGGGCUCACAAAUUAUGCUGCAGGUUAUUGCACUGGACUGCUGCUGGCUAGAAGGCUACUGCAGAAGUUAGACUUGGAAUGCAUGUUUGAAGGAAAGACCGUGGCAGAUGGGGAAAUGUUCUCAGUAGAGGACAUAGAGAAUGGCCCAGAAGCCUUCAGAGCCAGUAUCGACAUAGGUAAAAUUCGCGCCACAACCGGAGCCAAGGUCUUUGCAGUGGUGAAGGGAGCCAUAGAUGGAGGCAUUUCACUUCCAUACAGCACAAAAUGGUUCCCCGGCUAUGACAAGGACUCGGGAACGUUCGACCCGGCCAUCCUUCAAGAGCACAUACUGGGGGUCCACAUUGCCCGGUAUAUGGAGCACCUGGCCAGGGAGGACGAGAGGGCCUUCAGCAUGCAGUUCUCUCAGUACAUCAAGAAUGGAGUGACUGCAGACAAGGUGGAGGAGAUGUACAAGCAGUGUCAUGCAGCCAUCCGCAUCGAUCCCACCCCCAAACUCAAAACAAAAGUGCCCAAAAAGAGUGAUAGAAAAAAGCGGAAUACAAAGAAACAGGCCCUGGAGAACAAAGGAGAUCCUGCCUGCGAGAAAAGACAAGCCUGGAUGGCAACAGUGAAAGAGGGAAAAAGCGAGGGGGCCAUGAUUUGACUGAACUUUGGUGUAAACAGUGAGAAAAAAUCCUGCAACCAACACUGUGAUAAAUAUGCUGCUGUUGUGGCAAAUCUUGAAGCUAUUUACGCUUAUGUCUUUUGUAGUUUGGGGAAUUGUUUGUGAAAUGGAGAUUUGGUUAAAAUCUCAUUUUGAAACUUGCAAACUUUUGGUUUCUGUAACAGAAGGGGAUAAGCAUUACUGAACCAUGGGAGUCUUUUUAAAACCAAGAUGGUAAAAUAUAUUUAUAAAAUCCCAAUGGUAGAAUUCUAGUCAAGUAAUUAACAUUUUGUUGUUAAUUUUUUGUCUGCCUCUGCCUACGAGAAAAUAUGAGACAGGAGGAUCUGCUUGUAAAUGAAUAUCUGUAUGUUCUACACAUUCAUAUAUUUUUGAUUACAGAAAUAUCAAUAAAAUAUUUAUGAAUGUU